UUUUUUUUUUUUUUUGGUUUUUGUUUUUCAAUCUCAUUUUAUCAUUAUUAGUUGCAUUACUUUGUAUAGUUGUAGUUUAAUUAGAAGAUUUUUUAACUUUAUUGAUUGUUCAAUGUUUGUUUUAGGUAUUAGAUGAUUUAGAUAAUAUUUCUUUGUUUGCUUUUUGGUAAAAGAUUCAAUCUGGUAUAUGAAAUUGACCCAUUUACUUGUUUGGAAAUGAAAUGGGUUCAAAUAGAGAUACACAGUUAGAUGAUUCAAAUCACCUCUCACAGGUAGAUGUAGUUGAUUGAAUGUGCAUUUUGUUUUUACUCUAUGAGCUAUUUACAUUACCCAACAAGGAAAGCAACCAGGCAAAUUAUUAGUAGCGUAGGAAAUGGGACAUUUUAAGACUUCUUUAUCUUGAAUUUAUCUUGCUUUAUCUACUAUUGAAGUGAGUGACUCAAUUUUUUGGUCUGUGUCCCUGCAUUGCUGGACUAUUGUUUCUUGAAUCUUGCCUCAAACUUGGAUAUUCUUAAUUAUAUCGAAGAUCACCGUCGGUGUUAUUAAGCGAGGAGAAGCGACCAUCUGGCUCUUCAAUGAAGCGAGCGUAUCGCUUCUUGCUUCAAACUUUAAGCGAAGUGGGACCUUGUCGCUUUUUCUUGAUUCGCAUUUCCGGAAACACUGAUCAUAUAAAGUUCCCAUCCCAUAUCUUUCCCAAACAAGUAAUCUUUACAACAGAUAAUGGUGCAGUUAUUGUCUUCAAGAUGAUGUUAAUGCUCGAGAGGGGUCAAGAAGUACCUCAAGAUGAAGUCUUCAAGAUUACUCACACGAGGAAGGCGAAGAACGCCGAUGGUACAGACCAAUGGAUUGAGAGACGACGUAGGUCACAAGACAACGUAGUUCAUGCUCUUGUUGAUAAGGAUAGUGAGGAGGAAUCGGAUCAUGUCUUUAACACCCAACGUUGACUUUUUUGAUUCGUAUACUUUUGGAUUGUAAUAUUGCUAUGUUUUCUUGGAUAUGUAUAUUUUGUUUUAUGAUAGUUUUAAUUCGAAUUAGAUGUACUUUUGAAUGUGAAUUAGAUUUAAGGAAGUAGUUUAUGGAUGUUUAACUUUACGAUGUUUAAGUGUUUGAAUGUAGAAAGUAGUUUAUGGUUGUUUAACUUUACGAUGUUUAAGUGUUUGAAUGUAGUUUUAAGGAUAUUUAGAAGUACUUUAAAUUGAAACUUGAGGUUGAAUUUGAUUUUAGAA